AUGGGGGAUAUCUACAGAACAGCAAAAGAAGUAUAUAUCUGGCUCGGCAUUGGUGACGAUGACACCAACUAUGCCCUCGAACAUAUUGAGGGAAAACCUCAGACUCGCUUUGACUCGGGGAUAUUCUCGACGUGCGUUGAAAAACUCUUCGGAGCUUCUUAUUGGACGCGGCGAUGGAUCAUCCAGGAAUUCUCUCUGGCUCAAGAACGGACUAUUGUCUGUGGAGGACGUCUAACAAAAUGGCGUACCCUUAAGAGUAAGAGUGGCAACGAUGUGCUGAGAAGCGACUCUUCAGCCCGACAAACGCUCGAAGGGUUCAAAAAGGUGGAAUCGCUUGCCUCCGGAGAAAAAAUGAGCUUGUUAGAAUUAAUGGAGCGAUUUCAAAAUGCGCGCUGUUUCGAACCACACGACAGGGCGUUCGCGCUACGAAGUAUUGCAGAAAACGGGGAUCGAUUAUCGCCACGCUAUGAUGAGUCGGAAUCUGACUUAUACUUCCGAGUCCUCUCUACAUUACCUACUGAAAGAGUCUUUCCUACGAUUCCGGGAUACCGGUGGCCACACGAAGCUGCGAGUCGAUUACAAAGUUGUAUGCCAUUAAAGAAGCAAGAUUUGCUCAAGUCGUUGAAGGACGGCCCAGACGAUCGAUUGUACACUGUUUUCGAGUACAUCGGUGUCAUAUUAACGGUACAGGACUCAGUUCAGAAUACGCAAGGACAAGAUGCAGAAGACAAAUUCCCUUCUUUCCCUCUCAAAGUACAGCUUCAGGGACCUACGAAAGAAUUUCGCGGUUAUGGAGGCUUAUCAUCCGGGGACCUAAUUUACAGCUUACAGUCAACAUCGCGAUCACCAAAAGGCCUGUAUAUAGCCUUCGGACCUCGUCCCACGGAUCCAGUCGUUGUUGGGAUGCUAAUUCAAGAACCGGAAGGCGAGAAGACGAUAGAAUUCAUCAGGAACAUCAUACUUGGAGGAGUGUUAGUAUGUCGGCGCAUCAAUUCAGGCAACCCAUUGCAUCGUAGAAUUCUUUGUCACAUUAGUCGGACAGUAUUGAUUUUGUUAUGGCUCCUGGAUAUCGGAAAACUUGACUGCAUCUUGAGCCAUCAAAAAGAGAUUCUCGAUGAAUCCGUUCAGGGGAAUCUGCUGUGCGGCUGCGCCAACGACAGGGCGACAGAACAUGAAGACAGCAGUCUCGAGGUACUGUCCUCCUUCGCCUUCGAACAAGACCAAACGUUUUGGGCCGAGGAGAUCACGCCACCAUGGACUGACCUGGAUCAACAACCGCCACAACAGCAAAUUCAGAUCAACGAGAAUCCACAGAGUGAUUAUGCCCUCGGUUUUCGAUAUCGUAAACAACAACAAGUUCAAGUCUACGAGAGUCUACCGCAGAGUGAAGAUGCCCUCGAUUUGGAUAUCGUAAGAGGACAGGUCUAUCAUUAUUUCCUCUCGGAAAGCAGUGGCAACAUCAACUUCGAAGAUGAUGAUAUGAAAGUGCCUCUAUGGUGGGUAGCUUACAACGGCCAUGCGACGGUGGUGAAGAUGCUGCUGGAUGCCGGGGCGAACAUUUUUUAUCGUCGACCAGAGCAAUUCUACAACGCCCCGCCUGUGGUAGCGAGGUCAGACAUUAAUGCUCGAGAAAACCGAUUCGGCAAAGACCUGCGGCGUACCCGAGGCCUUUCAGGAAAACACACCCAUAACCCCCUACAUGCGGCAUCAGAGGGUGGCCAUGAGGUAGUGGUUCGGCUGCUCCUAGAUGGCGGAGCGGAAGUCAAUGCUCCAGGGCAUAACGACCACAAUGCCCUAUACCACGCAUCUGUAUCGGGCCUUCGGACAGUAGUGAAGAUGCUCCUAGAUGAGGGGGCAGACAUCAACCCUCCGUCUGGUAACGCUGCUCUAAAUGCCGCAUCAGAGAUGGGCCAUGGGACGGUGGUGAAGAUGCUGCUGGAUGCUGGAGCGGACGUCAAUGCUCCAGGGGAAAACAACCAUAAUGCCCUAUAUCACGCGUCAGCAUCGGGCCAUGGGACGGUGGUGAAGAUACUCCUAGACGCGGGGGCAGACAUCAACCCUCCAUCCGGUAGCGCCGGCCUACGUGCCGCAUCAGAAAUUGGUCGUGUUACCGUGGUGAAGAAGCUACUGGAGGCUGGAGUGGACAUCAACGCUAGAGGAGAAUUGGGCCAGACUCCCCUACAGGUAGCAGUAAUGGGCAUCCAUAAGGAGGUGGUGAGGGUGCUCCUAAAAGCUGGAGCGGAUGUCAGUGGUGAAGACUUGGGCUUCGUUUUCCGACGGAGCGCAAAAAAAGUGGGAGUCAAAGUGGGCAGAAUUAGGGGGCGGGAAUUUUGA